AUGAAUUUUCCUCAGGCUUCGACCACAAACUACGCCAAGAUAGAAAAUGUUUUUCCCAACAAUAUAACGAAGUUUACCGCUUGCUUCUGGGCGAAAAUUUUGAACACAGAUUGUGGCAUAUUUACCUACUCGACUUCGAAUGAAAAUAUUGCAGCUGAUUUUCAUCACGAUGAGAACACGUUGCAUUUGGAUCUAAAAAUCAACGGCGAACAUUCUCCAGACCUAAGGUUCGUUUUAAUUUUUGAUCGGCUAGCGAAAUAUUCGGCUUUAACUCCCUAAGGCUGGUGUACACUGUCUGAAUUUUGUAAGCACAGUUUAUAAUUGACAGAAGUAUCCAGUAUUUAUAAAACUUGCUUGAUGAUUUCUCCACUGAACCUGAUUUGCCCAAAAAUCUCUCAACGACACGAUUAUUUUGUGAUCCUCACAAUGACAGACUAGCUAACCAAAAACCUCUCAACGACGUUAAGAAUUGCCGUAGUGCAUAUAGCAGCUCUCUUUUCUUCCGUAGUGAAGUUGGACAACUGAGUUGGAUCAGUGGACCACUAUCAAUAUUGUCCUCACUGAAUUUGGCUGCAGGUAUAGAACAGUUUAGAAGUGAUAGAGGUAUCUGGUAUAUGUAUAUAGUUAUAGUUAUUUAGUUUAGCUUUGCUCCUGUUAGUGUAGUAACACUGGAAAACUAUGUAGUGAAAUAAAUUAACUGAACCUCAAGAUUAGAAUUAAUAAGGCUAUCCAGUAUAAAUAUUGUUAGACUAGUUCAGGUUUCCUUCUGUAGUAUAGCACACAUGCAUAAGCAAUAUAAGAUGACCUCAUUGGAUAUUGUAGAACUCUUUAAAUAACUAUCCAGUUGACAUGAUGGAUGUAAACGAGUAGAUCGUCAUGGAAUGUUCAGUUCACACUAUAACAUUCACACGUCAGAAGAAGAAAAUCGCAGCAAAAAUUGCAAGUGUAAACUGGCCUCAAUAGCCUCACACCUGUAAUAUAUAUUUUUAGUCUGCCGGUCUCUACACAUGAAUCAUGGCAUUUUUACUGUAUGAAGUGGGAAAAUUCAGAUGGUUUAGUCCGGAUGUAUCAAGAUGUUAUUCAACUGUUCAACGAAAAGGACGUGGCUAAGGGCCAGGUUAUACCCUCCAACGGUGUUAUGGUGCUUGGCCAGGGUUUUGAAGGAAGUCUUGCUGGGUUAAAUUUCUGGGCGUAUCCUCUGCAUAUAAAUACCAUCCAAGGAAUGGCGGCAGGAAUUAUCAAUGUGAAUGGAAAUUUACUACAAUGGAGAGAUUUCAUGACUGAUUAUGUAUUUGAUGAUGUGUCUAUAGUGGAAAGAUCUGAAGCAGAGAUACCAGGUAUUCUAACAAUCAGCAAUUAUAAAGAGUCUGAAUCUACAUGGCCUUUGUCACAGGCCUUAUACUAAUAACCAGGCUAGGAUCUACAUUACCUAGGGCGAUCAUGAACAUUACUGGGAAACCAUAACUAAACCAUGCAGUAUUGAUGUUUUAAAUGUGGUUAAACAAAGUAUUUCUUCUUUCUGUUUCAGAGUACAGAGUGCAGGCUCUGCGAGAUCAAUGGUGUAAAGAUAACAUCGCAGCUCAUUUUACUUAUGCAAGAUUUGCCCGCAAUCAAGACAACGGUUACAAGUGGAGAUGCGUUGCGCCCAUGGCUAUGUUAAAAGAGAAUAUGUGUUACAAUAUGGAUUACAAUAUGGGUUCAGGAGAUUACUAUACAAUGGAUAAGAGUCAUGAGAUACUAAAAAUAAAUUAACAUGCACAUCUAUUUACACUGCAAUAUGAAAAGACAUUUUGUAUAUAAGUUGCGGUGGUUUUCGUCCGAGUAUGCCCGAAAUUAUUUAGGCACAAACCAUGGCAGCUUAUUGUAGUUGUAUAUAGAAUACUACCUCAACGGGACCUCCACGGGACGUCCACGUUUGUUUUCAUAAUACGUAGUAGUCGUCUUACCAGUUUAAUUUUGAGGCAAAUAACUAAUGUCAUAGCUUGUAAAUUCCUCAUAUAUAGGGUUAACAUAAUUAGAGUUUGUAGCGGCAGAACUCCAAAUUUUGGUCAAAUGAUCGUGGACAGUGCCUUCAUAAUGAGGCAUCGUGUGAAAUUAUAAAUGUAAAAUUAGUUUAUGGCUAUAAACUUGGGAAUAUAAAUACAAAAAGCACUUUACCACCUGUAUAUAAUGUUUGAGUAUAUAGCCUGCUCCUUAGCAGCCCGCCUGCUGAUGUAUAUUAUAGCACUGUGGAAGGACAAAAGAAUUAUUUUUGUACCUACCAAUUGAAUUUUUUGUUGUAAAACAAUGAAUACGACACAAACAUUUACCUUGCUUUUACCAUGGAUUAUUAAUAGACUAUUAAUAAUCCAUGCUUUUACAGAAAAUGGUCGAAAUUGCUAACCAACCACUUAGUAGAGCUUUCAAUAAUUUAUCAGAACUGCUAAAGGCUACUUAAUUGCGAGUAUAUUCAAAUUUCAUUGUUUUUUUCCUUCACCGGUUUCGUAUUGUAUCCUGAAAAAUUUUGAUGUUUCCUCAAAAGUCUGCCUGUCUCUACCCAUCUUUGAAACAUAGUUACGAAAGUUUUCUAUAGUGUUGUAGUUCCGUUAGAGUACCUACGUGCGAGUUAAUGUAUUGUACGGCAAAUUAAUUAUAGUGGUCUUUAAUUUUUAAUGCAAAACUUUAAUUAGCUUCGCACAGUUGUUAAAGACAGUUGCUAAAGGCAAUUGAACAUGACAAUUUUUAGCAGCGUUAAAUUUGACAUAUUUUACUUGCUUAUGUAGUGAACAUAGAAUACUACUGUACUCAAGAAUACCAAUUCCUUCAUUGAAGAUACGUUUAAUUUUAAAGCGAGUUUUCUGAGAAGAAAUUUCUUGGAGUGAAAGGAGAACAGGACGGUGAGAAAGUUCCAUCUAUACCUCGUCCCACGAUGCAUCGAGUGUUUAUGUUUUGGCUGACCUUGUUGCUGGCAGUGCGUGGAAUUGAAUCUUUGGAUUUCUGCUUUAAUGCUUCCCUGGAAGGUAAGGAUAUCAAGCAUGUUUUAAAGUGAACACCUUAGCACUAGACGUAUACGAGUCUAGUAGACGUAAACAGUUUGAACCAAGCUUAAGCGAGGCUUAUCCAGUACGGAGGCGUGACGAUACUACUAUAGAAGAAGACGAAGAAUUUUAUUCACACCAGCAAACAAUACAUAAUUACAAUUUUUUUCACACAUUACUAAGACAAAGUUAGCUUUAACGCUAAUAUACAUAAAUACUAGCAAAAAAUACAUAAUACUAGAUUCCCCUUAUUACGUUUUCGUAGCGCUUUGCAUUGUGGUUAUAGUCGUAUCACUGAUAGUCAAGAUGGCUUAUUUUUUGUCCUGACCCGUGCGAGAACUUUUAAAAAAAGCUAGGGUCAGGUGCGCGAUAGCCAACUGCAGCAAAAUAUUCGCGAAAACAUUCAAUAUUUUCAUUCGAGGCCGCUAUCGUUAUCAGUGAUACCACUACAACCACAAUGCAAAGCGCUACGAAAACGUAAUAAGGGGAAUUAUCAAUUACAAUUUUUCCACGCAUUACUUAGACAAAGUUAGCUUUAACGCUCAUCGAAGUCGGAUAACCUUAUAAAGAGGAGAUUUUUUAUAUCGCUUGAGGUUAUGACUAAAUUCAAAAUUUUUAUUUUUCGAUACGUUUCUCAAUCGGCAAACGAACUUAAAAAGUAUGUUUAGUGCUUUAUCUGUAAAAUAAUGCUAAAAUGAAGAGAUUUUAUAAUUAGAUGAUACGCCAAAGAGAAAAUGAUGUCUGAAGUUCAGUAUAAGUUUUGCUUAUAUGGCUGUAAAUAUGGCGUUACUUUUAAAGCAUCACUGAUUGAUAAUUGUAUUGUAAUAGACAAUUUUUAACUAUUAUUUUAUGUUUCUCAACCGGCAGAUGCAUUUAAAAAGAUUGCUAACUCUAUAAACUAGAGGAUAAGACUAAAACAAAGUAAUUUUGAGAGGAACGCCAAAAAGAUUUUAGGUUUUGAACACUUUUCAUUGCAAAUACGUGACAUUGAAAAAAAAUUGCCUCUUAAAGUAUUCGAGUAUACGAUUCACCUCGGGCUCAUUCCCAAAGUAAUCUUGAAUGAUCUGUACCAGUGUAGCCGUGUAGGUAGUGGCAAUAAUAUAAGAAAUAGGGAUACGACUACCUGAAAAAUACAAGGAGAACUUCGACGUUUCAAGCGAAGGCCUCGUUGGGCACUAACUUGCCGUCGAAAGGCCUUCGCUCGAAACGUCGAAGUUCUCCUUGUUUUUUUUCAAGUAGUUGCAUCAAACAAAGUUUCGUUCCUGAAGUAACACUUUGUCAUAAGGAAUGGCUCUAAUUGGACCCCUUGGGAAGCAGUUUGAAACUGAUAGAGCUAUCCAGUAUAAAUAAAGUUUAAGAUAAUUUACCAGUUUGGUUAAGUUUAUUUACUUUCUUAUAUAUAGGGUCCCGUCUCAACAGUGCAAUUUUGAAGAAGGUUGAUGUUUCCAGCAUGAUGGAAUGUGUAGUGUCGUGUGUGCAGGAGCCAUGUUGUAGAUCUAUAAACUACCGGGAAGGAUUACCUCAAGACCUCGCCAGUCUCUGUGAGAUGUUGCACGAUGUCGUGGACGAAACGUCAGCAGUGUUGGAGAAGAACCGCUUUUACGAUUAUAUUUACUUCAAUGCACCGCGAAAGGUAAGGCAAUAAAAUUACUGGAGGUUUACCUGUUUCCUCUUGUAAUAAACAGAAUCUUCUAAGGAAAGGCUAGGACCGUCAUUUAACGCUAAAAGAUAUUUUCUUUUUUUCGCAGGAGUAUAAUAGCAGUUGCGUUACUGACAAAGGUAUGUUUUAAAAAUGUAUAAGGGAGCGGUCAUCAUUUAUGGUGGGGGGUGCAGGCACCGAAGAGAAAAGGGUUGGGUAAACAAAAUUUUGAGUAAAUAAAAGGUUGGGUAAAUGAAAAACGAAACAACUCAAGGGUUGAGUAGUAAAAAAUUAUUGUCAUUUCCAAAGCAUGACUCACUCGAGCUCAAAUAUUGAAGACUAAAAAGCAUGCAAUGUCAACAGUCAAUACAAUACGUAAAUUAAUCAGAGUCACUAUCUUCAUCACUUUCCAAUCUGUCAGGAGACAUGGAACUUUGGACUGCAGAAAAUUGCACAGGCAGUUAUCAAACUCAUGUCACAUAAAGUGGUAAAGGACAUAUGCGACCACUGAAUGGUAUCCGUUUGUAAAGUUUUUGGCCAGGGGUGGGCAUUUAUUUUUUAAUUGAUAUUUGAGGUUGGGUAUGGAAAAUUCGGAGUUUUUAAUGGUUGGAUCAGUAAAAUUUUGACCAAGAAAAACGUUUCUCUUAGGUGCAACCCCCGCCGUAAAUAAUGACAGGUCCCUACAGGUGAUGUUGCGAUUGUUUUCAGAUCGAUAUGCUGAAACGAGCAGUGCGAAUUAACUAAAUAUGAGCUUUUCUCUCUUGUAACAUCUUUGAGACCUGUGACAACAAGUGCUUUUUUACUUCUAUAUGAUUUUUCAUUUUUUCUGCUGGUUAAUUUAUAGAUACGACUCAGGAAUUUGAUCUGAAAUUUCAAUCAAAGGACAUUAAGAAUUAUAUAUUACUUGACAACAAUGUGCCCGAAAUGUCUAAUAUGACUUUGAUGUUCUGGAUAAAUACAUUAAAAGAAGGGAGAAUGGCAGUGUUAUCUUACGCUGUGGAGAAAAGCGCUCAGGAAUUGAGAGUUUUUGUACAUGGAGAUAUGAUGAUACUCGUGUUUCAAUCCAAAUUGUAAGUAAUACAUUGCUUUCUUUCAUUGAAAACUUAGCACUUAUUGCCCAGCCUGAUAUUGGCGCAUGUUGGUUGUACAUCCCACUUCUGAGACCGCAUUUUGAUUCCUGAAAUAUGCAGUAUGUACUCAGGGGCCAGUUGUUCAAAUCUGGAUUAGCGCUAACCCCUUUUAGUUUGUGUAUUUCUGCACGUCUGUUUAUUACAAAAUCCCAGAGAAGAAAACUCCUAUUGAUCCACACAAGAUUUUUGAAGAAACAUUUGCAAGUUCUUGUUUUGAAGAAACAUUCUCAAAAGUUCAUUCUCAUGCUCUCUGAGUGUAUCCAUAUCAAACAUUCUCAUGCUCUCUGAGUGUAUCCAUAUCUAUGGUGUAUCCAUACCGAGCAAGCUGGAAAUUUUGCUUGACCGCGGUUGAAAUCGAACGCGCGGCCUUUGAUUUGCUAGGCUAAUGCUCUGCCAACAAGUCGUUCGAUUGGGUGAUAUCAGUAUAUGCAUAUGCUUUACCUUGGCUAUAAAGUAUAUCGGUUUUUGGUUUACUUUAUAGAAUUAUAGCCACGGUUUUAUAACAUUGAAUUAGAGAGGCACAAUGUGUGAUGCCUCAGCUGAGAAUUUCUCAGUUCGAUCGAGUAAAGAAGGCUACUCCGGUUUAAUCCUGUUGUAGUACUGUAUGAAGAACAACUUAGAACUGAUAAAGCUAUAAAUCCUGCUUAAAUUAAAUAAGUUUAAUUUUAACAUCAUGUUAACUGCAGCGUUUUUGUUUCAGGGAAUUUCCAGUUCCACCAAUAAAUGAUGGUUAUUGGCAUCACGUGGGAGUCACAUGGUCUCUUGGUCAAUACUCUAUUUACCUUGAUGGUACAUUGGUCUACAGUGGCAGUGGUCUAGGCUCGGGUAAACCAUUGAGACCUAACGGUGUGUUUGCCAUAGGUCAGAAACUGUCAAGCACCAGUGGGGAUUUUCAUAGCGCCAAUUCAUUCUCUGGAAAACUGAGUCAAGUAAAUAUGUGGGAUUAUGAUUAUAUAUCUACUCCUGGUGUCAACAUGACGUUAAUCAGCCAAAGUUAUUCCAAUAUUGAGGGAAAUGUUAUUAACUGGAGCGCUCUUCAGGAUCUGGCAAGGGGAAAGGUCGUCAAAGAACAGCCAAGAUCGUGCAAGCCACUUCGCAAUAGUAAGUUUUAUUGACGAGAUCAGGGUGCAAUCAGAGCUAUUGAGGUCUUACAUCUCGAACUCAUUAACAAUUCAUGAGUAAAUUAGUCAACCAUAUUAGUUCAUUUAGUUCACAUGAUAUUACUGGAUACCUGCUGAAGUAUAUUGAUCCAGUCCUACGACUGGAUCAAAUAUCCAGUCCUUGGACUGGAUCGAAAUUAAUUCACCUUACUUUAAAUAGUGAUUUAUUCGUAUGAGAUGUCAUUUCAAAUCCUCCAAUUCAGACUCGACUAGAUUUCAAAUCCUCGCAUUUUGAUCCAGUCCUCGGCUUCGCCUCAGACUUGUUCAAAUUGCUCGGACUUGAAAUCUAGUCCAGUCCUCAUAGUCGGAUUUUGAAAUAUUACUUGAAGAGGAUCAGUAAGUCUUUCUGUAUGUACCAAACCCACAUCCUUCCCAGCAAGAACAUUUAUUCAUUCAAGCUUGGUCUGAGUUACGACCAAAUUGGAGAUCAUUGGUCGUAACCAGUGGCGGGGGUUGGGGGCGGGGGGGUGUAGACUGAGGGAGGCAAUGUGGGUCUCGCAUAUUCCAUCGUGUAUUAAUAUUUGAUCUUUUCUAGAUUCUGAGUAUGAUAUCAUUAUCACAUCAUCAAUUGAAGCCGAUAUUCAUAUCGAACCAUCAGAACUAUAUAUUUCAAGUCUCCACGCUUUUACUAUCACACUGUGGGGAAAAGAUCUAUAUGGUAUAUCUAUAAAAUACUCCGCAGGAACCUCACUGUCAUUUUACAUUAAUGAAGAUGUAUUCAAUCUGGAAAUAGCAGAUGCUUCUGAAACGUAAGUUGCUAUCUAUUCACUAUCUAAUACCACCAAACGGACUGGGCUCUGCUAACUUUAAAUUUAUUUAUACUUGACAGCUUUACCAGUUCUUAAUACAGGUCUCCUUUAUCGUCCAGUGUUACUACUAAUCAGUUCCAAUUAGGUUUUCCUGGAGCUGCAGUAAAGAACCUCCAUUAUUGGUCCAAUGUUAAUCCCUAGUAUAGGAACUAUUUGGUAGAAUCAAACGAGAAGCAUCUUCUCGCAUGCCCCUGAGGUGAAGUUAUAAUGCUUUCUUACAAAAGUGUAAGACAUAUUCACUAACAUCUGUAUUAUCUCCUGGGCACAUGCCACUAAACAGUACAGCAAGGGUUCCAACGUACCAGGAUGAAUACUGGCACCAUAUUGCUACCACGUGGUCAAGUGAGACUGGUCACUGGAAAAUCUAUCUGGAUGGUUCAUUGGUCUCUAUUAUGCAUGGUGUUUUUUCUGGAAUCACAAUUCCUGCAGGAGGACAACUAUCAUUGGGUGAGAGUAAUUUUGAACCUAACAUUUUUAUACAUUACUUUUUUGUAACUUUUCAUGACAAUAGUACAUCUGUCUCUAGUUUCCAGUCCAGUACUCAGCAGACUCAACAUGUGGAAUUAUGAAAUUGAUGGACAUGCUUUAUCAUUAAUGGCAAUCAAAGGACCAAUGUUUGAAAAUGGCAAUGUAUUUGCUUGGUAUGGAAUAAAGUCAAAGGUUGUGGGAGACAUGACCUUUCAAGAGACACCGAGUGAUCUAUUUAACAGUCGUAAGUAGAACUGUGAAAGAAUGGAUUGUGAUCUCAAGCAUAUUGUAGUACUGGAUUAUAUGUUGCAGUGGCCGACACUUUGCGAUUUGCGGGGGUAUUUAGGUUGCAAAACAUAUAUAUGACCGUCUUUUGUUAGUGUUAGUUGUUUUGGAUGUGUUAGUUGUUUAAAUUAUUUUGCCUUAAAUUUCAUGCAAUAAACAUGAAUUGCACACACUUAUUCAACUAUCAUUCAAAGACUUCUGAAAUUAUUGGGUGGGGGAUUGUCCCCUACCUCUCCUCCCUCCCCCCCCUAGUGUCCGUCACUGUUAUGUUGUUGUGUGGUGUUUUGCAGUUUGGUGUAGUGCAGUGUUAAAUGUAGUGUAGCGUGGUAUAUGAUAUGAUAUGGUUUGGUGUGGGGUGGGGUCCAGUAUAUUGUAUAAUUUGCAUCAUAUGUGUUGUUUUAUAUGGAUUUCUAUUCUUUUCUAGACCGUUUUAUCCUAUUUUAUAUAUUUUUCAAUUCUAAUAUUUUAUCAACACACAUAUCUCGCAUAUCGUUUGACUAUAGGAUCACGUUCAGUAUAUCAGAUGAAUUUUCCUCAGGCUUCGACCACAAACUACGCCAUGAUAGAAAAUGUUUUCCCCAACCGUAUAACGACGUUUACCGCUUGUUUCUGGGCGAAAAUUUUGAAGACAAAUUGUGCCAUAUUUACCUACUCGACUCAGGGUUAUAAUUACUACGACGAAAUCGCAGCUUAUUUUUAUGACAAUCGCAGGUUGGAUCUUAUUAUCAAGGGCGAAAACAGCAACGCAGGGUUGGUUUUUAUUGAUCCGCUAGCGAAAUACUUAAGGCUAGUUUCCACUCAGGAAAAUUAUUCGUGGAUUGGAACGGACAAGAAAGUUUUUCUUUGUCUUGUGAGCUCUGGGUUGGAACUAAUCACUUUAACACAAAGAAAAAUUUUCUUGUCCGUUCCAAUCCACGGAUAAUUUUCCUGAGUGGAAACUAGCCUUCAUGAGCUUUAACACCCUAAGGCUGGUGUGCACUGUUGAAUUUAGAAUUGAACCUAAUAAAACACUCCUGCUCAUUUAUUAAUUAAACAGUACUUAGAACUGAUAGACUCAUGGGCGUACCGGAAGGAAAAAAUUAGGGGGGCGGAAAGAAAAUUGCCCGACUUUCCGAAUUCUGCCCGACUAGUAUCAAAAAAAAUUUUUCCGGAAAAAUUAUUUUGGCGACCUCCCCCCCCACCCCCCCCCGUCGCCAAAAAAAUUUCGGUCAGUGUACCAUUUUAGGGGUCAAAAAUUUUUUCGGACAACCAAUUUUUUUCGGAACAUAACACAAAUUUUCGAAAAAUCGCAAAAUUUGCCAAAAAAUUGACUUAAUUUUAGACAAAAUUGACAGAAUUUGUCCCAUUUUUUUAUUGCAAGCCAAAAUUGCCCGACUGUUGAUCGAAUAUUGCCCGACUGCCCAAAAAACUGGGGGGGCUGCCGCCCCCCCCCCCGCCCCCCCGCCCGGUACGCCUAUGGCCAGGGUCAGGGAAUCCGGACGCCAUGCAUAUACUGUUGACAGCAGUAUAAGAACUAUCAUCAACUACAUGUUUGUGUGUUCUUUCAAAUUUGAUGUGUUUGUUGCGAUAAACUCAUUAAAGUUGCCUUCAAUUUUUGACAUAAUAUAGCUAGAGCUCAUUUAAGUUUUGUGAACGCGGACACUGACAUUAAUUGUUUCUUGAUAAUUAUUUCAAUGUUUUUGUCGUUCUGAUACAUGCAUAAACUGAAGUUGCAUAAUUUAGCUAGUCCUAAUUUGUGUGACAAUAUGGCAUAUCUCUUAUUUGUUUGUUUCCCUCUUGGUAAUAUACUAUUCUAAAUUGUAUCGGUGGUGUUAUGUAUCAGCGCCUUAUUUUUUGGGCCUUAGCAUGCUAUAUUUUCCUGUGACUGUCUGUGUUUUUUUUAUUAUUAUUUUACCGGACAUACCGCAUUAUGCAAUUUUAUUCUAAUUAAUAUUUGGCACGCAAAAGUAGCCUCGUGUCUCAUAUACGAACUAUAAUAUAAGAAGGGUUUUUUAUGUUUAUAUAUACGAACUAUAAUGUAAGGGCUUUUUAUGUUUCUGUAUAUUAUCUUACUUCUUAUUAUGUGUUUAAUGUGCCGGAUUCAAUUUAAUUUCAUUACGCAAAUUGCAUUUUGUAUAAGCAUUGUAUAUAUAUUGUAGCCUAUUGCAAAGAAUUCAAGACUUGUCUUAGAAAACCAUGAGAUAGCCUAUACAUGCAGUAUAUUUAAUUAUUCUUUAGCCCAAAUAAAUUGUUGAAUUAGUUCAUAGCGAAAAUCACUUAUAUAUGUCCCGGUAAACUGAUUCUUUCAAGAGUUAAGAACAAUUGAAAUUAACAAACUCAAUGAAUGCAUAGGGCCUAUAACAUUGCGUGUCACAGUUGCAGUCCGCUAGAAGUGACUGCGUGCAUGCCAAUAUGGCCGUAACCUUUCUCAAAAGGCGUAUAAUCCUAUAGCCGUACAAACCUUAAUUGCCCGAUAACGUACGAGCUAUAAUUGAAAAUGCGCUAUAUAUGAGACACAACAUCAGUAUAGAAAUAUAACUAUAACCGGCCCUUGUCCUUACAUUGAUCCUUUGAAAUGUAGUUUAAGUAGUCAAAUAGAGUUAGAAAAUUGCCUUUAAUAAGGAAAUUGGGACUUCACGAGGUAUAUGAACAACCGAAUUUUAGUACUGCUUAAUACCUACAUUAUAUAUUUGCAUUAUUUCGUUUUUUUCAUACUCCUAGGAAAAUAGUCAUGUUUAAUGUUCUUGUUCUUGUUCUUGUGUCUAUACAGUUUAGGAUAAGCAAAUUGGGAAUAAAUUCAUCUGUUUAUCCUCAAAAAUAAAGUGUUAUUAAUGUCACGAAACUGGCUUGCAGUCACGAUACAUGAAUAUCUACAUUAAUCAAUCCUACCAUCACUCGAAUUUCAUCCAGACUGGGUUUUUGUCAAAAUUGUAGGGAACUGCCAUGGAUCCAUGUCUUGUGGAAUGGCAUAAAGUGUGCGAAGAUAUUGAAAUUUACAAACAAUCACUGUAUAACUGCACCUGCCACCUACGAGCAUAUUUCAAGGGAACGUCUUAUUUUAUUUCGGUCUUUGAGUGGAGAAGUAUUUUUUUACCUUAAACUGUGGCCAAUGUGGGUAUGAAGGUUAUUUUUGCAAAAACCAAUUGAUGACAAGAAUGCAUUUAAGUUGCUAUGUUUUCUUAUCGGCAAUGAAUGCCCACCAUUAUAUUGUUGCAAAUGGAUUUAUCAUCUCAAUUUUGGAACGGUCGCUACAAUUUAUGUGACAAACUGGAAAAAAGAAUUACUCAAAUGAAACAUUUUUUUACUAAAUUUUCUUCUAAAAAACAUGAAUGGUUUUACUACGAUUUAAUAUUACAGAUGUAGGUUUUCAUGGACGGUUCGGAAAGAAAAAAAUGAUAUGAGGAACGCUUCAAUCAUAUAACUGAUGUGUUAUAUUGCAUGUUGUUAAAUUUGUGUAGUGGGUGCAUGAUUAACAUGUUUAAAAAUUAUUUUAGAGCGAACUACGAACCCGUUUGAUACUAUGAACCCCGCGAAUCUGACCAUUCGAACAAAUCUGGUACCACUCACGAAUCGUACGGUUCGAACGAUUCAUACGAAUCGUACGAAUCUACGAAGACAUUCAGCUACAUUGAUACUAUGAAACUCACGAACCUGACCAUUCGAACGAAUCUGAAAGCAUUCACGAAUGGAACGGUUCGUACGAAUCGUACGAAUCUACGAAGAUAUUCACCUACAUUGAUACUAUGAGCCUCACGAAUCUGUCCAUUCGAACGAAUCUGAAAGCAUUGACGAAUCGAACGGUUCGUACGAAUCGUACGAAUCCACGAAGACUUUCAUUUAGAGCGAACUACGAAUCCGUUUGAUACUAUGAACCUCACGAAUCUGACCAUUCGAACAAAUCUGGGACCACUCACGAAUCGUACGGUUCGAACGAUUCGUACGAAUCGUACGAAUCUACGAAGACAUUCAGCUACAUUGAUACUAUGAAACUCACGAACCUAACCAUUCGAACGAAUCUGGGACUAAUCACGAAUCGAACGGUUCGUACGAAUCGUACAAAUCUACGAAGAUAUUCACCCAGAGCGAACUACGAACUCGUUUGAUACUAUGAACCAGACGAGUCUGACCAUUCGAACGAUUCUGGGACCAAUGACGAAUCGAACGGUUCGAACGAUUCGUACGAAUCGUACGAAUCUACGAAGACAUUCAGCUACAUUGAUACUAUGAAACUCACGAACCUGAGCAUUCGAACGAAUCUGAAAGCAUUCGCGAAUCGAACGGUUCGUACGAAUCGUACGAAUCUAGGAAGAUAUUCACCUAGAGCGAACUACGAAUCCGUUUGAUACUAUGAACCUGACUCAAACCUGACCAUUCGAACGAAUCUGGGACUAAUCACGAAUCGAACGGUUCGUACGAUUCGUACGAAUUGUACGAAUCUACGAAGACAUUCAGCUACAUUGAUACUAUUAAACUGACGAACCUGACCAUUCGAACGAAUCUGAAAGCAUUCACGAAUCGAACGGUUCGUACGAAUCGUACGAAUCUACGAAGAUAUUCACCUAGAGCGAACUACGAACCCGUUUGAUACUAUGAACCUGACGAAUCUGACCAUUCGAACAAUUCUGGGACCAAUAACGAAUCUAACGGUUCGAACGAUUCGUACGAAUCGUACGAAUCUACGAAGACAUUCACCUACAUUGAUACUAUGAAACUCACGAACUUGACCAUUCGGAAGAUAUUCACCUAGAGCGAACUACGAACCCGUUUAAUACUAUGAACCUGACGAAUCUGACCAUUCGAACGAUUCUGGGACCAAUGACGAAUCGAACAGUUCGAACGAUUCGUACGAAUCGUACGAAUCUACGAAGACAUUAUUCACCUACAUUGAUACUAUGAAGCUUACGAAACUAACAAUUCGAACGAUUCUGAAUGCAUUCACGAAUCGAACGGUUCGAACGAUUCGUACGAAUCGUACGAAUCUGCGAAGACAUUCACCUACAUUGAUACUAUGAACCUUUCGAAUGUAGCCAUUCGAACGAUUCUGAAUGCAUUCACGAAUCGAAAGGUUCGUACGAUUCGUACGAAUUUACGAAGACAUUCACUUUGAGCGAACUACGAACCCAUUUGAUACUAUGAACUUCACGAAUCUGACCAUUCGAACAAAUCUGGGACCAAUCACGAAUCGAUUCUAAAGAUUUAUACGAAUCUACGAAGACAUUCACCUAGAUUGAUACUAUAUGACUUAUAGUCUUAGACAUAUCCACAACAAGCCAAAGGACAAGUCAUAUCCUAUCAUAUAACUAUAAGACUCACGAAUCUAACGAAUCUAACGAUCGCCCUUACGAUUCACGAUUCGAACAAGGUCGAGGGUAUUGGACAUAAAUCAGAAAGUUCGAUAGUGUGACCUUCCUUGUAGUUUUCUAGUUCCUUGCCAGGGUAUACUGAUCUGUUUUGAAUUCACAUUGAUGUUAGUUUUGUUUAAUGAUAUUUUUCCAGUAUUCCAGUGAGAACAAUAUUUGACGCUCAUCCUCACGGCUGUGUGGCAAUAUGUAUGACACUUGAUGCUAAGUACCUCGCGACGUUGAGCAACUCAAGUCCACAAGUGAGUCAGACAGUAACUUUGCUAAUUCAAACAUGAUCGGAACGAAUACUGUAGGAACGAAAUUGGAACGCAAGCGGAACUCUUUUUAGAUCACGGUCGGGAUGCGUCCCUAGUGCAAUAUUUGAACGUCGACGUAAAUGUUUUCUUCAGGGUACGAAAAUUUGACAUUUGGAUACCGGUACUUGAAAAACUCGUUUCUGACAGACCACCUGCAAUUACAGUAGGUUAUCCAAGUCGGUGUGCAAACAUAUAAAACAGUCGUUCUGAACUCAAAACUUUCAUGCGAAAGAGUCAGUGACUACCUGAGGCGCCCUUAGAAAGCCUUCGACUCGAUCAGGUUGAGCUGCGUCCUUUGCAAUUCAGCUUAGUUCUCAGCUGCUAGUAAGGAUGAUUAGCACAGUCACCCACUUACUCGCAUACUAUAAUAAGACACCGAUAUACAAUAUAAAACAUUAUAUGACACUAACAACUACCAUUUAGGUGAUGUCAGUAUGGGAUUGGACAAACGAAAGUGAAGAUCCUAUUUGUUCAUUGACACUCAGUGAUGAAUAUGGCGUUCAGGUUUGUUUACUCUGUGAUUUCAUAUAUGACCUAAUUCAGAACCAAUAUAAGGCAUACUCCGAAUAAAAAAAUCUUGUUCACUGAAAAAAAAUCAACAACAAAAAAGCUAGCCUUUUUCACAGGCAUCUCUAUAGGUGAAAUGCCUGUGGAGGAAUCUAAACGCACGGUAAUUUUUCGAUUUUUUCAUAAAUCAACGUAAAUGAACUUAAACCCCGUUUCGUGAGGUGUUUUGUUAAUAUUAAUUGCUGGUGAGCGCAACAAGGCAGCACAAUAUUCUUGACACUGAUAAGCGGUGCCCAGACGAAGUUAGGUAUCGCUUUAUUCGGUGCGUGAGUUCGUUGUUUGGUAGUCCAUUAGUUUAUUUGGAAUCAUAAGCCUUGGUAUUUACUCAAAAGUAGUAUGUCUUCACGCUCGGUGUGCACUUGUUUAAGCCGCCAACAUGCUGUUUUGCGCAUGCUCCGGGAUACCGCACUAUAGUACUACGUCUGACGUUUCCAAUGAUCUCGACUUUGUGUAUGUCGGUCGGUUUGUGAAUGUCUUGCGUUACAGCUUGCGUUAAAAGUUUCAAUUAGGAGACGUAAUAGACCAACGUCCAUUCCAAUUAGCAAAUUACAAUUAGCAAACGUAAUAAACAGAAAAAUAGAUGAAAAUUUUACGGCGCGCAUGUUAUUCGGUCGCGUCAUAUAGGCUAACUAUCGAUCUGAUCGUUCUGUACCAAAAUUGUAUUCUUUCAAGAGCAAUAUGUGUUUAUUUUUCAAAUUCGAUUCAUAUUAUCAAGGCCACGAGCCUUUAAGCGCUCGUUCCAAUGACGAGCAGUGCUUCUUCACGGAACAACAAUACGAAAUAGCCAAAUGUGUGCUCAGUCGUUGUCCUGAUCUAUCUGUCGAGAGCGUCAAAUUUGAGACAGCAUUUUCCUUGCGAUAGUAACUCCUAGUAUUUUGGAUUAUAGGAUUACAUUGCAUUCAGCACAGAAGAUUGUCACCAGCUGGUCAGUAACAGCGAAGACAGAGUGGUGUUUUAUUAUUGGGUAAGUUUAAUUGGACCGGCAUAUAUGUGGGCAAUCUGCACUCGCCGUUCUUGUCUGAACUACUGUACUGUCUAAAUUAAAGACACGUUGAUGUUUUGAACGAAGGAGCUUCGAUCUUUUUCAGGUCGAUUAAACGCCUUACUCACCGGAACACUAAUACCACUGAUUUUGUCGUUGAAAACGACUUAUAUUUUUUAGGAUGACGAAGGAAUCCAUCACGCUGCUCCACCUCUAACGGAUGAGGUACAGAAAUCUACCUUCAUUUAUACUGGACAGCUUUAUCAGUUCUAAACAGUUCUCUCUAGAGGUCCAUGUAAUUUAUUUAAAUCUAGAGGCCCACUCCAGUAAGAGUUAUGUCUUAUUGAUCCAGUGUUACUACUACAUGAGGAAACCUAAACUAAACUACCUUCAUUUAUACUGGAUAGCUUGAUCAGUUCUAAACUGUUCUCUCUGCAUGGAGUUCCAGUAAGGGCCAAACCCCAAAAAUCCAGCAUAUAAAAUUUCAGAGCUCAGAAAAUUUCAGAUCUCGGAAAAUUUCAGAUCUCAGAAACCCUUUUCAUAGUAAACGGUCACUUCCAUUUUUGAAAAACAAUCAAGACUCCAAACGUUCAAAAGCUGUUUAAAAACAACAAACAAAACCCAUUCUUCUCGCAUGUGAUUGGAGUGAAAUUACAUAAUCAUGCAACAUACUACGGAAAUCGAACUUCCAUCAACUCUCCAGUAUACAGAUUUCUUUUUUUUUCUUUCAGGAUUUCAAUAAGGUCGUUGGUUUGUUCAGUCAAUCAGUAUUUCAGCCCAAAUCAAGCAAAGUUUUGACGGGAACCAGUGUUGGUAAUAUAGUCGUAUGGGAUUUUGUGCCCGGCAGUGACCUGCCAUGUGAUAAGAAGGCGUUUAAGAUCGUGCGUUUGCAGGAGAAGGGAAUUAAUGUUGUUACGCUGGUGGACAGGUAAGAUUACUCAACUAUACUGGACAGCUCUAUCAGUUCUGAACUGUAUAUUUAGUACAGUCAUGUUAUUACAGAUGGAGUCUAGGCGUAAAAAAAUACCUGUGGUUCCGGUUUCAUAUCGUGAAAAAAUUAGGGUCGGUAGGUCGGAAAUAAUUUUUUUUUUCAAUAUUUUUUUCAUGGUUUUGGCGGUUUCUUGCCGGGCGAUUUGCAGUAGAGUCCCGUCAUCAAAAUUAACUAGAGAUGCGUAUUUCCUAUGGACGAAUUUAGGCAAUUUGGUUCAAUAAUUAGUGUGACAACAGACGCCAUUUUGGCACGCUGUAUGAGCAGCCCGCAACCACCUGGAGAAAAUAGGGUGGCAUGGUAAAUCGCGUUGAAAAAAUAAUAGGGUCGGCGGAACCACAGGUAUUUUUUUACGCCCUAUCAUAAACUUUUACCAGUGGUGAAGCUAGCCACGGCAAUUUGUCAUGCUAUGCUAAAUAAAUAUACAUUAUUACCUGCAUUUAAAUAGGUUACAGUCGAUGUCGAUUUCACGUCAUUUUUCAACGCGCACUCCCCAAGUUCGUUGCGAACAUGUCAAAUAAAUUUCCAAGUUCGGAAAUUGGGCGUGAGCUUCGCAACAAAGUUCGCAAGUUCAUUUCAAUGUUUGAACUUCUAGUGUAACAAAUAUUCAUAGUUCAAAUUGAAAUUAACAAUUCAUUGGAAAGUUCUUGGUCCAGUGGCCUCCCAAGAAGGUUUGUAUUUCAUUGAAUUGGUUAUUAUUAUUGAGCUAUGCACAUUUGUUUUCAAACGAAGUUCAAACAUUGAAAUGUACUUGUGAACUUCGUUGUGAAGUUAACACCAAAUUUUCAAACUUGGAAACAUAAUUGGCAAGUUCGCAACGAACUUGGGACCCCACAUUGAAAACGGACUGAAUAAUGCAAAUCAUUAAAAAUUUGCAUAGCAUGACCUGUUGCUGUGGCUAGCUUCCCACUGACUUUCACAAUACGUUUAACUACGAUUUUUUAAAUUGCAGUUAUAUAGUGACUGGUGAUAUCGUUGGCCAUGUGAAAUUUUUGGAUUUAGAACUUCGCUUACUGAACUGGUAAUGAAUACUUACAUAUGCAAUGAAAAUGAAGUCGAUUGACAUAGAGGAGAAAGAUGGAAAAGUUGUGUUGAACAUUCUUUUUGUUUGUCACAGGUACAAUAAACUGGGCGGUGGUCCAAUAACAUCAGUGUCGUUUUCAUACGAGCAAAUGGAUACGGACCAGUAAGUGUUAUACUGCCUGAAAAAUUGUGUUUACUUUGCAGACUAAAUUUGCCAAUGCCUUGCAUGCAUAUUUAAUAAGCUGGCCGAAAAGUUGUGCAGCGUGCAUAGAGUUUAAGGUUUAUGGUUUAGAGUUUAAGGUUUGUAAAGGACAACCUUUUCUGUAUUGGCUGUACAUAUAUGCUUGUCGAUCAUCCUUUCAUCCUUUUUAGAUCAACAAGUCCUAAGCACCCACGCUCAGCAACGCUCGAUGGAACACCUUUCGUUGUAAAUGAUUUCGCUUUCGGAACUGUAACAGCGAAUGUUGGAUUUUACAAAACGAGAGCAAAUACUAACCAGGUAUGAUACUUUUUGUGUGUGUUGUUGUUACGUACUCAGGUGAAUAUGAUGUUUGUGAUGUUACUCUGAGUGUGCAUCUACACCGGGCAAGCUGAAAAGUUUGCCUGACCACGGUGGGAAUCGAACCUGCGACCUUUGGGAUACUAGUCCAAUGCCCAUAUUAGAAUACAUUGAUAUCGAAGGAACUUAAGACUCAGUUCCGAAAUAUCACCAACUUGAACCUCGUAGCUCAGUUGGCAGAGCAUUGGACUAGUAUCCCAAAGGUCGCGGGUUCGAUUCCCACCCUGGUCAGGCAAACUUUUCAGCUUGCCCGGUGUGGAUGCACUAACAUCACAUUCGACAAAAUUUAACCUUUUGUAAGCGACUACAUUUCUUUUGUACUCUAUCGGGAAAGCCACAGUUAAAUGAGAAUGAGAAAACAAUUCUCAUCAAUUCUCAUCAACUUUAAGCUGAGGUCCCAGUUACACGGUUGAAAGGUCCAUUGUUUACGUUGAUGAAUGAGAAAAUUAAGCCCCAGUCAAACGAUGAUGAGAGUUGCGUUUGACCAUCAACGUCAACUCUCAUGCACUCUCAUCAACUUUGAGCUGGUUCAAAUGUUGAAGGAAUUUGACGAGAGUUUUGUCUUUCAACCAGCAGUAUCCAGUCAACUCUCAUGUAAACUCUCGCUUGCCUACUCUCAUCAAAUGUCAUAAGAGUUGAGAAAACUUUCAUGCAAUCAUCAACUCUCGUUCUAGUUUGUCCGGGGCUUAGUGUAUUUCAACACUCGACAUUAUGCACUUUUUUAUUGCAGUUUAUCGUGAAACAACAUAAUGCACCAAUCCACGCCAUUGCUACUCACCCAACAGAGUAAGUCCUUAAGUUUUAUGUGUACAAUCUGGCAUUUUACUCUAAAAUGUGAUUGUUGGGGAAACUGUGUGAUGAACAACUUUUAUUUUUAAUACAGGCCAAAGAUUUGCAUCGGGGGUUAUUCUGGUAUUCUUCAGUUAUGGGAUCAUGAUAAGAAGUGAGUGUAUUGAAGGCUUAUAUCACCGUACUGAUUCAUACCAUGUAAUACCAUACCAGAUACUAGUGUCAUGCAUACUUUAUUAUAUCAUACCAUUACAUAUAUCAUAAAGUGAGCACCUACCGUACCAUACUAUACUGUACCAUACCACACCAUACCAUACCAUACCGUACCAUACCAUACCAUACCGUACCAUACCAUACCAUACCCCACGUCCCCACCAUACCAUACCUUACCCCACCAUACUAUACCAUACCACAUCAUACCGUUAUCAUACCAUUCCAUUCCACACCAUACUACACCAUACUUUACCAUACCGUACCACUCCACACCACACCAUUCCGUACAAUAUCUUGCUUUCAGUAAUCUUAUUACAGUAAUUACCAUGAUGUUUCAUUUCAGAGAACUUAUAAUAUCUCGGACGUUCGGUUCCAAAGUUAUAAUCCAGUGUCUUCAAUAUAAUCCAACGGGCAAUUUAAUUGGUAAGAAAUUCAUAGUGUUGUACAAGAUACCUAGAUUACCUUUCAUAUUCCUUCAUAUGGAUAUCAUCCCAAUUAACUAUAGAGUAAGGAGAGAUCUCACCUAGCUGGGCUGGCUCGUUCCUCAUAUGAACACAAAUAUAAUUUUAUAUGCGUUAACAAAGGGUAUGCAGAUUUCACUCAGGUGGCUUUCCUGGUUAGCUGGGGUCAUACGAACACGCCCUAAUAUCUAAAUUUAGUGAAACAGUUCAACACCCUAAAAUAUUUUUGAUAUUUCUUUUCAGCGAUGGGUUGUACAGAUGGGAGUGUUCGAGUGUUGGAUUCAGCGACAUUACUUGAAGAAGGAGAGGAUGAGGGACUGGCUGUGUUUAAACAUUGUCAUGAUUCCAUCACUCAUCUCAUGUUUUCACACGACUCCAAAUAUCUUGCAUCUGCUGUAAGUGCUUGGAACAAUACACCUACAUGUAUAUACAGUAGGGUGCCCAGAGUUUUACACUUAGUAGACAAUGAAAAUUCAAUCUAUUUGCUCGUGUGUGCGGCAAAAAAUCUUUCCUUGCCAAUGUGCCUUGUUCCAAGACAAGUCAUGUCAGCUUUUGGACAAGGAAAAUUUGUUCGUGUGUACGGUCGCCAAGGAAAACUUGACAAGCGUACAAGAAAUAAUUCUAUGUUUUUGGCAAACAAAAGCCGGCCUGGACAUGAGAUAAAUGUUUAACAACAUUCCGAGCACACGACCAACAAAACUUGUCAAGAAAAACUUAAAACGGGGCUGAAGAGAUGACUAUUACAAUGGGUGAUUCCAGCUAUGGCGGAAAUUUUGAUCUAGGCAAGAAGGACGAAAUCCAACACCCACGUAGAAAGAGCAUCUUAAAAUGAGUAAAACUGCAAAGUUUGGUUGCGAAAUGUUGUAAAAUGAAGACAAUAUAGCCCGGUGAAGUUCGCAAAUUUUGUAUAUAUCUGCAUUACGCACAGGAAAAAUAACCAUUUUUGAGCCGAAAGUGGUUAUUUUUACCGCGAGUAAUACAAAUAUAUACAAAAUGUGCGGACUUCACAGGGCUAUAUUUUCUUCAUUCUACAACAUUUCGCAACCAAACUUUGCAAUUUUACUUAUUUUAAGAUGCUCUUUCUAGGUGUGGUGAUGGAUUUUGUUCUUCUUGCCUAGAUCAAAAUUUAGUUUAUAGCUGGAAUUGCCCAUUGGUUUACCGCGUUUUCAACAUCCUUCACUGCAAACGACAAAUACGACUUGGAAUCGUCAACAUAUGACUCGUCUUGUCUAGAUCAAAAUUUCGUCCACAGCUGGAAUCACACCAUUGGUGUAGUACAGCCAAUAUUAUGGCUGUUUAAUUAAUUUAAAAUUAAGUUUAGUUUACCCAAUGUAACGUUGAAACUGUGCAUUAGUUGAAUCGUACAUCAUCGUGGAAUAGGCAUAAACGAGCAUUAGCCGAUUACAAUAGGUUUGUUAUUUUUUACCUAUGUCGAAUUCUUAUUAUUCUGCAGGACUUGGAUCACUGCGUGACUCUGUUUCAAGCAAUUCCUGGAAAUUUUAAAGAACCUUGGAUAUAUCUGGGAAAACAACGCGCUCAUUAUAAAAGAAUAAGCGAUAUCGCAUUCGGCGUGGCGCUUGACUCCGACAUUCCACGCCUACUGUCACUUGGUGAAGAUAGAUUAAUGGUAAGAUGUAUUUCUUGUUGAAUAAUCAUUAUGAUCAUCUCUCAAUUUAUGUAAUAAUUCAAAUCCGACUAUAAGGACUGCACUAGAUUUCAAGUCCGCACAAUUUGAUCAAGUCCGAGGCGAAGCCGAGGACUGGAUCAAUAUGAGAGGACUUGAAAUCCAGUCCAGUCCGAAUUGGAGGAUUUGAAAUCACAUCUCAUACGAAUAAAUCACUAUAGGUGAAUUAAUUUUGAUCCAGUCCAAGAACUGAAUUAAUUUUGAUUCAGUCCUAGGAUUGGAUCAAUAUACUUCACCAGGUAUCCAGUAUUAUCAUGUGAGCAAAAUAAAGCAAUAUGGUUGGCUAAUUUACUCAUGAAUUAUUAAUGAGUUUGAGAUGUAAAUUUACAAGUUAAGGUAGCAACUGUAUAAUAGUAGGAUAUGAGUAAUCCAUACCUUUGUUUUGUUUUGUUUUGCUAGGUUGAAUAUGACGUCAUCAACAGUGGUAUAGAUGACGUCAGACUGAUCAGUUCAGAUCGUAUCGAACAAAGUGCAGUCCCAACAUGCCUUGCGUGGUAUCCUCCUGUUGUCAAAGAGUCAUUUCUAGUCGUCGCAAAUGAUCAAGUUAGUGAAUAUAAGGCCCAGUUCAAACGUCGAUCUUCAUAUGAACCGAUCGUCUUUGCUAUUUUAGUUGACCUAGAGUCGACCUAAAUCUAACAACAAAACAUACCCAAUGAUGCCAUAACAUGUUUCCUAUAGUCUGCCCAUGUCUUACUUUUAUGUACCAAAUACAAAACCGGUAAUUUUAGGUAAAUAUUUUAUUUUUUCCACAGUUCAAACUGAAGUUAUACAACUCCACAACGAAGAUGUGUCGGAAGACUUUGCUUGGUCCCACAUACGGUUCACCACUUAGAAAGUAUGUCCUGAAAUUGCAUAUUGCUGAAAUAUUAAAAAAUCAUAAUAUAUGGAAAAUAUAGAAGGAGAACAAUCGACGUUUUGAGCGAAGGCGCGUCCUUGGUUGCCUAUACUGUACUGGUUGCCUACAAUAUUGUCAUUUAUUGACAUUGUCAUUGGAUUAAAUGACAUUAGGGCCAUUUAUACGAGACAAAAUAAGUCGCGACUUACAUAAGACGCGACUUAAAUAAGACGCGAGUUUGUCGUAUAAAAGGCACAAAAUUCUUAUGUAAGUCGCGUCUUGGAUAAGACGCGACUUAAAUAAGAACAGGACUUUUAGCUGUUCUUAUGUAAGUCGCGUCUUAAAUAAGAAAUUUUGGACAAACAUUCUAACUACACAUGCCCGAAACUUGAAACAACGUACAAUUAUUAGCCUUGCAUAUUAAAACAAAAACAACCGUAACAACAUUAUAGCUAUAGCAAGUAAAUAAGAAUAAAGCCGUAGAGAACCAUUUAUGCGAUAACUCCACUUAUUUAAGUCGCGUCUUAUGUAAGUCGCGUCUUAUUUUGUCUCGUAUAAAUGGCCCUAUUGUCAUUAUAUGACAUUGUCAUUGGAUUAAAUUGCAUGCUAUAGUCUGCAGACAUCAUUCCCGGACACGUCACGAAAUAUUGGGAGGAGGGGGCAAAUUUAGGUUGUCACCAUAUGACCACCAUUUGUUGAUGGAACUCUUAGUUCUUUAAAUUUUUUUGCGUUAAAUUUCGUGCAAUAUAUAGCUUAAUCUACCGUAUAGCCUCGACAAAUAAUUGUCAUAGCUUUGUUACACAGUUUUUCAGUUUUCGUAAAUUUUUCAAAAUUUCACAAGGUUUUCGGAUUUUUUUUUUGGGGGGGGGGCGGUUGCCCCUCUGACCCUCCUCCCCAGUGCCCGCCACUGUUUGAUAUCACACAACAAUUGUGUGCUUUGUACUUUUAUGUUCGUUUGUCCUGUUUUCAUAGGUUGGUAAUGUUGCCCAAUAAAGAUGGUACUGAUCGACAUUAUAUGGGAUAUAUCACGGAGAAUAAGGUACAUAUCUUCAGUUUUGAAACGAGUAGAACCAAAUUUUGAACCAUCGAGUGGCAGCACUCUAAACUUCCCUUGACGAGUAAAAUCGUCAGGGGUUAGACGAAGUAAACUAAUAAAGUCGGGCGCAUCGGGGCGCAUUGGUACUUAAAAGGUUAAAUUAACAAGUUAUCUCUAUUUGAGUAUUUUUAUCCAUGGUUUGUUCGUAGGUUGGUUUGCAAAUACUACCACUGGAUGGCAAUCCACAUAAAGCAAUGGCAUUAAUAGCACAUCCAAGUCAUGUAAGUAAUAUUUAGUAAAACAAAUUAUUUCGUUUGUUUGGUCUGGUGAUAGAAUAGCAAGCUUUAUUGUAUAAAACUUCUAUGAUCAAGUCUACUACUGACGAAGUCUACUGGGCUGCGGUGGCGCAGUCUUCAGAACAAGCGCCUCUCACCUCAGAGUUCGUAGGUUCGAUUCUCGCUACGGACUCAUGUGAAAAGAGUCUGUCAACGUUCUGCCGAAAGUCGUGGGUUUUCUCCGGAUGGUCUGGUUUCCUCCCACAGGGAAAGUUGACAGGGUGGGUUAGGAUAAACACAGUUAAGAAAGUAAUAUCACAAUUGUUGUAAAGAUAUAGUAAUCUAGGCUGAGUAUGUAAUUAGGUAAGCGUAAUACUUGAUGUAAGCGCAUUUGAUCAUAUCCGCAUGUAAAUUUGCGCUGUAGAAAUUCUAAGCUUAGUAAGUAAUAUAAGUAAGCGUAAUACUUGAUGUAUUUGAUCACUGAAAUGCCCCGAUGGGGAGUGAGCUGAAUAAUCAUAAUCAUAAUCAUAAUCAACUAAUCAUACUAAUUGCUUUUAUUUAAGGUUUCGAAUGUCGUGUCUUCCUAUGAUGGUCAAUACUUGUUCACUGCGGGAGGAAGUGACUCUAGUGUGAUCAUGUGGAAAGUUAAUGCUGAGUAAGUAUUAUCUAGUACGUACCAUGCAGAGGUAUACCAAAAUAGCUCUCUCACUUCUAAACUGUUCUCGCUAAAGGUCCAGUAAUUACCAUUUCGUAUUGGUCUUGUCUCAUUACAAGAGGAAACCUAUGGUGUUUGGUAGAAUAACACCAUUUACACAGGAAGUGCUCUAUCAAAGUAUAUAUACUGCUUAUAUCGUCGCAUCCUGAGUUAACACCGCGGUACCAAAGACGAAUUGUUCUUACUAGACCUCCAGGGCAACACUCAGAACUUGUGUGCUACCCAAUAUAAACAAAGUUACUCGGUAAAUGCUAAUACAAGUGGUUUUAUUGUGUAGCGCACUGGAAGCGUCCUCUCAGUUGGGUGGUGAAGACCUCGAACCUUUCUACGAAUUAUUAGAAGGUGGAAGAGACGGCGACCUUUUCCUGGAAUUGGAAGAUUAUUUCUACUACGCCCUUCUAAGAAGCCAGAACGUGGACACGAUGGAAACGCGCGAGACGUCCACGAAGAUUUCUCUGUCCCAGGUUCCGUUUGUGAUGCGCGCGCUCGGUUAUUACCCCACCGAACAGGAGGUAGAUGACAUGAUUAAUGAAGUGAAGUUCAGUGAAUAUGUCGAGACUGGGAAAUAUGUGGAAGAUAUUGAACUGGGGGAGCUUAUUAAAUGUAAGUUUUAGAACACUAUUACAAGGAGUGUCCCGAAAUUUCGUAUUUUGACUUCGAUUUAAAGAACUAUGGUUUUAUGAACUGAUAACUUGUUUAGCGAUACCGUCCGUUAGAAAAAACUGGAAUUAGCUGGGGGAUGGUAUUAAAACCGUUUACAACCUUCAGUUAUGAAUGUUCAGAUAAUGUACAUGUACCCAGAACAUUCAUAACUCAUCUUUGCGUUGUCAUCAAAUCAGAAGAACAACAUCGCACUAGAAAUCGGAGCAAAAAUUGCAAGUGUAAACAAACCUUAAACUUUGGCUACUGUACACGAACAAUACAUAAGUUAAUUCUCUUAUUUUCCCCCUUAUGUCUGCAAUCAUGGCCGGAUUUUGAGGGGAGGUGCGCACCUCUCCAGAGAUCGUUUAACACCUCCCCUGAGAUUUUUUGCACCUUCCCUGAAAAUUCAUGCACCUCCCCUUUGGAAAUGUUAAAUGAUAGAUCAAGAUGACACUUUGAACAAAUGUGACCAUUUUAACGCAUUGUUUGAAGAAGCUUUGUACAUACUGUAAAGUAAAUAGGCAAUGAAGGGCGAAAUUGGAUGAGUCAUACAUAAAUACACUCAUGUCUGAUACAUAUGUACAGUACAUGCAUAUAUAUUUUUAUAGGGGGUAGUGGUACGUUCUAACCGUAAAUACCACAGCACCUUCCCUAAAUUUUUUUCCACCUUCCCCACCAUUUCCACCAAAAUCUGGCCUUGUCUGGAAUAGUAUAAAUUAAUACUUUACUGAUUGUUAUAUUCGUGUAAAUCAAUUUGAUGUGGUAAGUGUUUCUGUCUCUCUGUUAAGUGUACGUGAAUCACAGACCUGUGUUUGGUUUAUCAUCCAAAGAGUUGGAAGAUUCGUUUACAAAGCUUGGACGCGAAACUAAGGAAGGCACGGUGGUCAUACAGAGAGAUGCGCUGCUGUCUGUUUUGCAAAAUAAAGGUAAGAUUUGAGAAGAUUGAAGCAGUAAGUGCAUGCAAAAAAGCUGCGGGUAUGCGAGUAUCUUACCCGUGAGGAAGGUUUACCAUAUGUGAGGUCAGUGGGGAAGAUUCUACUCGACACUAACACCAGAAAAUUAUUAAAUGAUGCAGUACUUGACUUUACCCGGAGGAAGUUGAACGCUUUUCGCAACUCUGGAAGCGGUCAGUUGAUUGUUGAUAAAUCAUGGUAGUGUUUUGCUCAUCCCCCCCCCCCUUUUGACCCAACCCACCCUUUUCAGUAACCUCCUUUCAACAACAACAAGGUUUUUCCAACCCCCCUUUCUUUGUCUUCUUUAAGAUGGUGUAUUCCCCCCCCCCCCCUAAAGAAGGGAGGGUACGAACUAUGUCUUUUCUAAUCGCAUUUUUUCUCACAGGUGAGCACAUGACAGAAGGUGAGUUAUCAGAAUUAAUGUCUACCCUUCUCGGAAUUUCAGAUCUUGGUGGCAGCGCAGAGGUAGGUGUUUCUCAGAAAGAAAACCUCGUUACUUUAAUGAAAACACAUUUACCUGAAAGAAUCUCUGUGGACAUGUUUGUCGGUAAAGUUCUGGGCUUCGCUACGGAAAGCGGGGAGCGGUGA